AUGGUCGAUGAUUUAACCAGUACAACUGGGUCUCCUUCUGUCGACUAUCGCCACCACAAAUCGUCCUGCCCGGCAUCCAACGAAACUGUAUUCUCUACUCUUUACGAUAGUCAGACUAUCGACGAUACUACACUGACUGGAAAGUUCAUGCCUCCUUCAGCAAAGCCAGCCUUCUCAGAAUCUUCGAAGCUUCCACGUCUGUUUCAAAAGCUGACUCCGACCAGCUCAACCCGACAGAGCGAUUGUGGAAAGGUCAGGAAUCAGACCCAUAUCGUUACAUUGCAUUGGGCCGUUUACUCAGAAACAAAGUCUCAUUUAGGCUUCGCUGCAGAUAAUCGUCGCACGAACGUCACCCUGACAAGAGCACGGGCAUGUUUGAUUGUUGUCGCCAAUGGAACUAUCAUCGACAAUGACCGUCUCAGUGAAAUGGAGCCGAUGGAGGUUCAUCCGGAAGUCCUGGUUCAAGUACAGACCUACCAGACGAUAUAUCUAGCUUUAGCAGAUGAACGUGUUCAAUUGCGCAGUAACUUCUGUAACCGAUAUGUGACUGCUGUAUGA